AUGAGCGUCACGGCUGUCACCGAGUUGAAGACCUUCCAAUCCAAGUCGACAGAGCACCUCCGCGGCGCCCAAGACCUUGGCGGCAGGCUGGACAAGGAGAUCGUUUGGAUCAUCCAUGUCACGGUUACGCAGAACUCAGAAAGAUCCAGCAGCAAGGAGAAAUACACGAUCAUCAGACGUAGUUUAACCGUGGCUGAAAUCAUAUCUGAGGCGCCCUUGUCCAAUCUGGCAAGCUACUCGCGCCAAAUGACGAAUGGAGUCACAGGAGAGAUGCUGGCCAGCGCGCGGCAGAUGCUCGCGCCCAUCCGCAACAAGGGAGACCUGUCCAUCCGUGUCAACUCCUUCCCGCCCAUAUCCUUGGUUUUGACCGACUGGCGUGAUGCCGAUGUAUGCACGGCGGAUUUCGGCUUCGCCAAGCCCACCACCUUCCGGCACCUGUUCGAUACUGUGACCGAGGGAAUGACCAUCGUUUACCCGACGCAUAACGGGCCAGCUGGAAGCGAUGAGGGAAUUGGAUUACAGGUAACUUUUGAGAAAGAGCCACUACAGCAGCUCGUGGACGAUCCAGAAUGGAAUUAA